AUGGAAGAAUUAAGGCAAGCUAAUCAGGAGCUUCAUGAGGAAAUUGGUCGAUUGGCUCAAUCAAACAGAGACUAUGAACGCCGAACUUACAAUCUUGAACAGGAUAUAAUUUUACGUGAGAAAAGAAUCUGUUAUCUCGAGGAUGAGUUAGCAAAUACAAUCGAACUUUCAAUACAAGAAAGAGAGGAAUUAGAAAAAGAGAUAUCAGAUCUAAAAAAGAUUGUCUAUAAGCUCAAAAAAGAGAUCGAGCAAAAAGACAAAGAACUUCUUAAUAGAGAAGCUCAACUAGCGGAAUUUGACGUAAGAGAAAAGAAACUUAAAACCCGAAUUCGAGAAAUAUCCAAAUCUGCUGGAAAUACACCUAAAGCAUAUACUCAAACAGCAAAGUUAAUAGAUGAAAACGAGCGACUCAAAUAUGAGAUCGAAACGUUAAAGUAUAAUCUUAUUGACCGAAAUAAUAAGAUAACUCAGCAAAAAAAUCGAAUUACUGAUUUACAUUGUCAAAAUUUCGCAUUAGCAUUAUUAAGAUAUCGAGAUAGAGUAGAACUUAUAAAUACUCAAGAAAUAUUACAAAAUGCUCAGAUAUGGGAUACACCAAAUGAAUAUGAAUCGGAUGAAAAUUCUCAAGAUAGUUAUACAUCUGACCCAGAUAUGACAACAAUAGCUGAGUUAGCCGAUACUAUUGAUGGUUAUUUGGAUAAUACAGGAACGAAUAGAAUAAUUUUAUCCAAUCAAAUAAAAAGAGUAACACGACAGAUACGUCGCAAAUACAACAAUCUUCAAACAGAUCUUAUAAAUGUCCAACAACGAAGAUACGAUGCUGAAGCAGAACGAGAUGUACGGCAAAUAGAAUUAAGAAAAACAGAAGCUGAUCUUAAUUUAAUGAGUACUGCAUAUAACAAUGAAAUAAAAGAACGACGUCGCUGGUACUAUUCCUAUAAAGAUAAGCAUAGAAAUGCUAUAAAUUUACAACGGGAUAGAUUUUCUUUACGUUUAUUGUUACAACGAUAUAAAAGGCAGUUAAAUAUAUGUCGUACUGAAAAUGGAAUAUUAGAAUAUAAUCGCGAUCGAAUUUUUGAUAGAUAUGUAAAAUGGAAAAAUAAAGCAAAUGAUGAGCGACAAAUAAUUUUAAAUCAAAAUCAAAAUAUUUUAAAUUUACAGCAACAAAAUUUAGCGCUACAAAAUAAUAAUCAACAAAAUCGAAUUAUGGCAACUAAUCAACUACCGACAUAUUCAGGAGAUGAAAAUUUGGAAGAAUUUCUAGCUCAAUUCAGAGCAGAAGUAGAAGCUCGCGGUAUUAAUGUAGCAGAUGGAGCAGGUGCCCCAGCGGGAAGAGACGUUGGAAAAGGAUUAUUACGUGGUUGUAUGAGAGGACAACUGUUAGAAUGGUAUGAUGAAAAUAUUACUACUAAACAAAAUUUUGAACUGUGUAAUUUGUUAGAUAAUACAGGGCAAGCUACUAUACAGCUAGUUGCAGGACGUACAGCAGUACAAAUAGGUAAUCAAGCUAUAAAUCAAGCAAAUGGACGAGCUGGAAAUGAAAUAAUACCAUUAAGAGCUAAUGCAGAUCCAUGGAAUGAAGAUUGGAGUAUCGCAGGAGGAAGACCGACGAAUGAUCCUGUUAACGCUCCUAAUGCAAAUAAUGGUCAAACUGUAGUUGUAGCUGGAAUAAGAUUUGGUCAAGCUGUAUGGUUAUUAAAAACGCAUUCCCCACCUAUAGAAGAAGAAACACGAGCACUUAUAUAUGGAUCAUUAGUUCAAGGUGAUAAUAGUGUAGAAGAAUUUGUUAGAAGAGUAAAACAUGCCGGAAGAAUUUUAGGAUACAGAGAUGAAGAUUUACGAAGAAAAUUUUUAGAUGGAUUAGUACCAGAAUGGCUAGAAAAGGCUGAAGAUAUAGGUGAGGAUAUGACUUUCGGGGAUUUAACCAAACGACUAAUAAAAAUUGAAAAAAUUCGGAUGGCUAGAUUAGCAAGAAAAUAUCAAAAUAAUCCAAUUACCAGAGUGAAUAAAAAAGAAUCCAUUCCUGAUCCACAAAAAAUGAUUAAUGAUGCAUUAGCUCAAAUUAAAUCUGAAUUAGGAAAACGUGAUGCAGAUUAUAAAGCUGAACUAUCAAAACGUGAUGCUGAACAUAAAGCUGAAAUAAAAAAAAUAGAAUCUAGACUCUUUGAGCCAUUGCAAAGCAAUACAUUACAACAAAAAUCACAAAUGGUUGAACCAGUUAGACAACCAAGAAGUCCUCCAUCAAAUUUAAAAACGGAAGAAGAUUAUAAAAAAUAUUAUUUAGCUAAAUUCUUUAAUAAUUUAGGUAUAUAUGGUAAUGAAGAUUUAGAUUCAAAUUAUCCUAAAAAACCUUUUCAAAGAUCUCGUCCACAGCAAAAAGAUAACUCUAUUAGAUUAGAGGAGAAAGUGGAUGAAAUUGGGCAUAUGUUAUCUCAUCUUAAUAUAAACAAUCAACCCAAAAAACCGAUAGCCAAAUCAAAUAGAACACAACGAUAUUAUCCUUUUCAACCAAUAAAUUACAACUUUUCGGUUAAUAAUGAAAAUAAUGGAUAUAAUGAAGAAAAUGAUAUAUGCCCUCCUUCUGAUUUAGUAACUAUCCACCCUGAAACAUAUGAUCAGUUAUUGUCUAAGCUUUCACCGGCAAUGCGAAAAAUGUGUCAGUCUCAUACAGUUCGGAAAAAAGAAUCAAAAUCAGAUGAGUGGUUUUCAUCUCUACAAUACCUGAAUGCUAGUAUAAACGAUUUAUCUAUUUCCGAAUCUUUUUUAGAUAAUGGAAGUGAAUUUGGAGCCUUGAAUGAUGCAACAAUUAAUGCCCUCGGAUGGAAAGCUGAUAAGUCAUCUGACUUCGGUAUAAAAGGUAACUCUAAACAUAUCACCGAAUCACUGGGAUGGUUUACGGAUGUGCCAGUCAGUAUAAAAGAUAAGGAUGGUAAAACAGUUACAGCUACUGGAAACUUUACACGUAUUGAUAAUGGUGAACCUGAACCAAUGUUAUGUUUAG